AAAGCCCAAAUAUUUAUUAUAAUUUUAUACCUGAUUCCUGAACCUCAGAACCUGAUACGGUGAGGUGAGGUGAGCAGUUGAGACUUGAGAGAGGCGGAGAGCAGAGAAUCAGAGAGAGGCUGAGGCGGUUCAGCUGGAGACUGGAGACUAGAGAGAGGCGGAGAGCAGAGACUAGAGAGAAAGGCAUCACAGUUGGACUUUUGAAGGAACUUAAGUAAUGUAGUGAAAGCCAUCAAUAUCAGGAUGGAAUUAGCAGACAGAGCAGUUGGGUUUCUGUUAUCUUUUAUCAGCUUAUCCAUAUUCACGUAUUAUACCUUCUGGGUCAUCAUUCUGCCAUUUGUAGACAGUGAUCACUUCAUCCACGAGUAUUUCCUACCACAAGAAUACGCCAUACUAGUACCUCUAUUUGCCGGUGUGGUGCUUAUCUGUUUCUUGUGUGUAUUUAUUGGAUUUGUGAUGCUCAAAUCCAAAAAGAAGAAGGCUUGAUACAAUUAGUUCUGCCUUUAAAAAAAAAUCUUUGAGAGUAACUUAGAGUUCUUAUUUUCUUGUUUGUUUUUUUACCUCUCUACACAUUUUCUGAUCUGAAGGAGUGUUUUAAUUUUGGAUUUGUUGAAACUUGCAGGUUUUGUAUAUCUGUAUCAUUUCUAAUACUAUUAGAAGCUCAUAUAUUAGUCUAUUA